UUUCUGUCAACACCUUUACAGCAGACAGGUAAAUGAAAAUGGGCUCACACAAAGGAACAUCCUUUCUAGUCUACUAUUACACCAUAAACAUAAAAGUCAUACUUAUAAACUUGGCUGACAGAACUUGACUAGACUUGCAAACUAGGAGCUAAGCAAUGAGAGUUGAGUUGGUGAUAGUGAUUCUAAUCGGUGCAGCCACGUUAUGCCUGGCAGCACAAAGCCGUAAUGAACCUACACCCAAUGAAAGUUUGACUGAUUCCCCAAAUAAUGUUGAAGCCAAUGAAGAGAGAGUCAAGAGAGGUGUCGAAGAGAAAAAGCAACCAGAUGGAAAGCAACCAGAUGGAAUGCAAGACAAACCAAAAGAUGGACAACAGAAGCAGCCUGUGUCUACACACCCCAAGCCACCAAAAGUUCACGGUGUUCCAAAAUUGCACUGGCCAAAGAUGCAUAUGAAGGAGAAAUGGCAUAAGAAGAACACUCCACCUCCAAACAAACCCCCAGUGAAGCCGACAAAGAAACCCCCUACAGGUGGGCACCCUAAACCAGUCUCUAAGCAACCAGUGAAGAGUACCCCAAAGCAACACCAUCCUCCACCACCUAACAACGUGCGACACCGUCCAGCCCCACUAGGAACCCCAAAGGCCAAGCAUCCAUUGCCAAUACAUCGUCCAGGCUCACUAAAGAAGCCACAGCAGAAAUCGGCACCCCCAAAGACAAAGCGUCCACUGCCGAUACACCGUCCUGUACACAAGCCAGUUCCAGCUCAUCCUUCUAAACCGCAUACAAAGAAGUUUCCAGUAGUAAAGAAACCAAAGCAAAAUCCAGUGAAACACCACCCUCAACAUAAUCGUAAUGCCCCCAAAACGUCUCCGCACCUCCCAAAACACCCACGUCCAUCACCCCCUCCACAUCAGGCACACCUUCCACAACACCCACGUUCCUCACAUCCGGCACACCUCCCACGUUCCUCACCCCCUCCACAUCCAGCACACCUCCCACAACACCUGUAUCCAGUACAGAAACCUCGAACCCCUCCAAAAAAGCCAGUAAGAAAAGUGUCGCCAUUAAAGAAGCCCUUCCACGGACCACACGUUUGGCACAAGCCUCCUGUACAACACCGACACAAAGUAGAGCGGUCAUUAAGAAUGCACGACCAUCCCAUUUUCCUCCUCCCAUCUCUUCCAUACCCUCGAUCAUAUCAUCAUCCAAAGAAUGAGGCACCGCACAAGCUGUUAAAGAAGCAACCUGAAGAGCGUGACGAAGAAUUAGAGCAAACGGAACAAACACGUAAUGAUCACGAGACAGAGUUUGAUGACGAAGAGAUAUCAAAAGAUCAUACUUACGAAAAUGAGCCUCAAAACAGGGAAAUUAGACACAAAGAAUAUGAAAACAAAAAAGAAAAUUCUAAAUACGAUGAUGAAGAAACAACAAGAGAAGAACCAAUUUAUCACGUAAGGAGAGAGCACCAGAAAUCAAAAAUAACGAAGCCACGUCCGAAACAACAUCAACUACCUCGAAGGAAACAACACGUUGUGCCUGUUCCAAGACGAAAACAAAAACAACAAGAACCGAUUAAAACACCCGCUACAAGAAGAGGCCCCGUGCUGAGAUUAAAACCACAUCUGCGCAAACGGCCAACGAAAGAGCUUAAUAGGGAGCGGCCACUAGAAGAACCUGUGCAUACAAGACACCCUCAAAGGACAAUUGUUCGGCAUCACGUUAGACCAAACCCUCGACCUUCUCCUAGCAACCUGCCUUGCAAGAGAGUUUCGACAACACAACCAGAGCGCCCAAUCAGGAGACCCAGACCAUCAGACAGGCCAUACUACAGCCCCGAAGAAGAGCAGCCUUGCUACAAGAAGGAAAGGAUAGAGGAUCCAACGAGGGGUCCCAAACAACGUCAAAAGGAGUCCAAAUGUGAUGAGCGUUUCGAAGAUUGUGACGAGCCCUACGAAGAGGAUCAACAGACUCUCGAGGACACAGAGGAUGGAGAAGACGAUGGCGAUGGUGAGGAGAACUAUAUGUACGAUUAUGAACAGUGAUAGAUUACUUGGUGAGAAUAUGACUCAGUAGAAUUAGCUGAUAUGAAUUAUAGUUGAAUGCAAAGAACAAUUGUGUACUAAUUUAUUGUUUGGAUACUCCACGAACUAAAUUGAAUUAACUGACUUUAUCUUAUACAGGAGGUUAAGGUAAACACCUAUAUACACAUGUAUAAAGAUGCUCCCCUAUUUCCUCAUUGAAUCCAAUGUGAUAGGAUGAAACACUAUUAUAUGAAUAG